AUGAUAGAAAAUGGUGAAACAAGCCACCAUAAAUUCCUACCAAAACGUAUAAUAUUAAUCCGACACGGAGAAAGUGAAGGAAACCGGGAUGGUGCAGCCUACACGACCGUCCCAGACCACCAGAUCGCAUUGACAGAACAAGGCAUUGCACAAGCAAGACAUGCAGGAACACAGAUCCGACAUGUCAUUUCUGAAAACACAGAUGAUGAUAAAAACUGGAAGGUUUAUUUUUACGUGUCACCUUAUACAAGAACAAGAUCAAGUUUACGUGAGAUAGCCAGAUCAUUUCCACGUACGUCUGUGAUUGGUGUUAGAGAAGAAUGUAGGAUUAGAGAACAAGAUUUUGGUAAUUUUCAAGUUAAGGAAAAAAUGAACAAGAGUAAGGAAUCUAGACAGAAAUUCGGUAAGUUCUUUUAUCGCUUUCCUCAAGGUGAAUCUGCUGCUGAUGUUUAUGAUCGUGUUUCCAGCUUUCUUGAAUCUUUAUGGAGAGACAUAGACAUGAACCGGCUUCAUCAUGACCCUUCAAAUGACCUAAAUCUCAUCAUAGUCUCACAUGGACUAGCUUCACGAGUCUUCAUGAUGAAGUGGUUCAAGUGGACAGUUGAACAAUUCGAGUACCUACACAAUUUUGGCAAUUGUGAAUUUCGAGUAAUGCAGUUAGGCAUUGGUGGCGAGUACAGUCUAGCCGUAUACCACUCUGAUGAAGAGAUGCAGGAAUGGGGACUAUCUCCUGAAAUGAUAGCCGGCCAAAAAUGGCGAGCCCAUGCCCCAAGAGGUUCGUGCAUGGAGAAACUCCCUUGGUACCUUGAUGGUUUUUUAGACCGUGUAAGCGACAAUGAUAAUGAUGAUGAUAGUGACGAUGAUCACGAAACUUUUCUUGAUGCUAACAGUACUUCACAAUAAUGUUUCUGCUUGUAGUAUUUUCUUUUUUAUUCUUUUGUCCCAUCAAAAUUGUAACA